GACGGAAGCACCUUUGUCAAGUGGUGCGGACUGCUGAUCAACACAGACAGCCUGGAGCUCCAGGGCGACUACACGAGGUGUGGUGCUGCGCAUCACUUGCCGACCUACCGAACCCUCCCGCCACCUGCUCUGCAGCUGCCCGUACGGCUGUGCCAGUACCUGCGCCCCAAGAUCCACCCGCUGCUGCUGGACGCAACCCUCAACUCCCCACAGACCGUGCGUCUCAACAUCUUCCAGGCUUUCCUGCUGGGAGCCAUGAAGUUCCAUUGCUACGUCAGGGCCCUGCCUGCGGCGCCCGCCCCGGGCACCGCCGUGCUGCUGGAUGCCAUCCUUUCUGGCAUCACCUUCAUGGGGGCACUGACGCGCCGCCGCCGCGUGGCCUCGGCGCACCAGCAGGGCCUGCAGGUGCCCUGCUCCACGCACGUGCCGCCGCCCCACAUAAGGUGGCUGGGCCUCACCGCCUUCCUGCGCGUGCUGCGCCGCAAGCAGACGCGGUACGGCCCGCUGCUGGCGCAGCUGCAGGAGCUGGCGGAUGCGCCCGCCCUGCAGGCAGCCGCGCGCCUGCUGGCGCCAGCUGUCGACCCCGCCCGGAGCUCCGUCUUUGAGACCAUUCUGUACUGAACAUCUAUCCAUUUUGUCGGUAACCUUUGGCCACAGGUUGGCAGCAUUGACAGAUUGCUUCUUGUUGUAAGUGACGAUGCUGUAAAGUGAGGCACCGC